AUGGGUACAUUUAUAGUCAAAAUCCUUGCAGCGCCUAUUGCUCCCUAUACCCAUCUGCUUCACACCGGCCAGCUUCCGCAGAUGAAUGUCCAGCCACCUUAUGUCCCAAAUGCCAACGCCAUUGGACGCAUCCACGCCGUUGGCCCAGACGCAGUACUUGCCAAGCCCGGCGAUCUCGUCUAUGUCGAGUCCACCGCCCGCGCCCGCGAUGAUCCCGACAACGUCAUGAUCAUGAUCGGGCACCUAGGCGGUGCAGGCAAAGGAGGCCAGAAGCUUAUGAAGGCGUGGCGAGACGGCUCGUUGCAGCAGUACCAGAAAGUUCCACUCGAAAACAUCUACCCCUUGGACAAGCACCGCCUGAUUGGCGAGCUGGGCUAUGACCCUGCUGAGCUGCUCUCUAUUGCCUACUACUGUGUGCCCACCGGCUCGUUACUCGAGGCUGCUGAUCUCAAAGCCGGUGAAACCGUCAUCGUGGGGCCAUCAGGCGGCAACUUUGGCGGUCUGGCGGUCGAGAUCGCCCUUACUAUCGGCUGCAAUGUUGUUGCUCUUGGCCGUAGUACAAGCAAGCUAGCAGAAAUGCAAAGAAAGCUCAACGGUAACCCGCGCCUCAAGAAAGUGGUCAUGACGGGCGAUAGCGCUGCCGAUACGGCUUCAAUCCUGGCCGCAACUCCUAGAGGCGCCGGUGCCGAGGUGUAUAACGACUGGUCGCCUGGCGAGCUGAAGAACCCGCCCUUCCUUAACGCCGCUCUGUGCGCCUUGAAGCCUGAGGGCCGGGUGAUCCUUAGUGGCGGAGCUAGCGAGACGUUUACAGUCCCGUAUGCAGAGCUUGUUUUUAGGAACUUGAAGUUGCAAGGCAAGUGGAUGUGUGGGCGGUCGACCAUGUUGCAACUGAUCAGCAUAAUUGAGGGUGGCCAGCUAAGGAUUGGAAGAGAGAGCGGCAGCGAAAUCAGAGUUUUUACUCUUGAUGAGCAUAAUGAUGCAACUUUGUUUGCGCGAGAGAAUGGCGGCUGGAGGAAGUAUACUGUUGUUGCACCUAAUACUUGGUAA